AUGCAAUCUGAAAUUAAUUUAUUGAAACAAGAGGACAUUAGACUUAUGGCUAAAAUUGCAGCAUUAGAACAGAUUACAAAAGAAAAAAUAAGCUUGAGUAAAAAUGCGCAGAUUAAAGAUUCUUCAGAACAGGUAAUUAACACAAUUUUCAAUACAUCUAACUUUAAUAAAACUUUUUUCGAAAAAUCUAAAUCAUUGAAAGAUAAAGAAAUUGAUAUCAUUUUAGAUUUAAAAAAUAAAAAAAGAGUUAAAUGUUCAACAGGAUCUAAAAAGACAAUAACAUCCUUAUUAUUAUAUGAUAUGAAAACUGUAACAAAAUAUUACAAUCUUAACAAUUCUGAUACCACCUCUGAAAUACUUAAAUCAGACAAUCAAAUCAUAAAAGAAUUUGAAAAUAAGGUUAAAAGCCUUAUAGCAGAUGGUCAAAUUAAAGAUAAAACAGCAAAAUUAAAAAUAUAUAGAGAAAUGAAACCUUUUCUACCUAAUAUUACAGAUGCAAAUUUGCGUAAGAAAGCCAAAAGAGCUCAAAAAAUUCUUAAGCUAUUUGGUAAAGAAGUAGAUAUAGAUAAAAUCAAUUAUAUUACAUAUAGUGCAAGUACUAUUUCAAGAUUGAAAGAUAUUCAAAUUCAAUAUAUUAUAAAUCAGUUAAAAUAUCAGCAAAGUCUUUAUCAAAAGCUUAAAGAAUUUAGUAGUAAAAAAUUCGAUUAUUAUAGAAUUAUUGAUAAGUUAUUAUGUCUAGCAUGCAAGUCGAGUCAUAGAAAUGAGAAAAGUAUAAGAAGUAGAUAUGAAGCUGAAUCUUAUUUUAUUAAAUGUGAACAACAAAAAAUUGAAAUAACUGCAUAA